AGUCCUACGCCUUUUUUUUUUCACUCUGUGUGUCACCAUCGGAACACCGUCCGGGGAACAGCUCGGUGCGUGCGCGCGGGUUUGACACUUCUGCUGCCACUCACGGUCAAGCGCGGACGCGUUGCGCAAAACACCUCCAGCCAGCCACCUAGUCAGCACACGGCUCGCUAGAUCAGCGAUAGCCCGCACGACGGACAGUUCGUGCAUCGGUGCGAAGCGAGAGGUACCGCUGCGCGUGCGCGCUGCUGCUUAGCGUGCUUAGUUGAAGCGUCGCGUGUGUCGAGUGUGUGGAGCAGGAGAUCGCGACUGGAAAUGUCGCCUGGAGUGUUGUGUCUGCCGGGCAGUGCAGGAUCAGCAGUGCAGUGAAGAAGCACGCACCUGCUGCUGGUGGUGCAGUGGAGAAGAAGUGAAAGAAGAAGAAGAAGCGCCAACGAAGGACGAAGGGUUACAAGCGUGGCGCAAGGCGAGUUUUGUAGCCAGGAACCGACGGAGGCGAAACCGUUUCUAUCAACCGUUCCUUCUUCCUCCUCCUCCCAGCCAUCGAAUUACACCACCGUUUCGAGCCCUUUCGCGUCGUCUAGCCAGACCAACGCUGAAGGUGGCCAACAAACAGGUGCACCGACCGAACAAGUAGCGAGGUAGCGGAAAUCGGAUACCGGCGGAGUGUUCCGGCACCCUUGGAUAGUAGCAGCAGGUACCGGACGCAUACCCAGGCGGAAUGCUGCGGUCAGCGAAGCGCUCGAGCGGCACGGAGGGGAAGCAGGAGCCAACCGAUGAAAUGGUCGCUGGCAGUGGUGCUGCUGCUGCUGCUGCUGCUGCAGGUGCAGGUGGGCGGCAGUGUGACAUCGUCGACGACAAUGGCGGAGGAGGCGCGCUGCUGGUCGAGCCCGAGGUCGCAACCAUCAAUCGUGAAGAGGAGAUCGUGAAGAAGCGCAAGACGGAGCUGACGACGACGCGCCAGACGGAGACGCGCAUCAAACGGCAGCUGCUGUUCGAGGAUGGGAAGGUGGUCGAGGAUUCCGGUCCGAUCGUGUCGACCAACACGCACGAGGACACCGACCGGCAGGAGACGGUACAGACGGAGCACCGUACCCUGGGCGACCCGACGGCGCUAGACGAACCGGGAGCCAUCCAGGGGCCAAAGAAGCUACCGGUAGUGGCCACCGCCAAACCAAAGACCAAGGUUUCGGUCGGUCAGAAACAGGAGGAGGUGGAGGAGGAGGAGCAGAAGGAGGAGGACCGGCGGGAGGAGGGUCUGCUGAGGAACGUCCAGGAGGAGGUGUCGGUAUCACGGGAGCAGACGACCGAGCGGACCGAGGUGGCCGAGCAGAAGCACUUCGGCGACUUCACCGAUGAGGCCUACCUGCGUGCGAUCAGCAGUGGCGUGGGUGACGUGCGGGAGCUGCUCCUGUCGGAACGCUGCCGGUCGGAGCUGACCCCGACCGGUCCACAGCUCGUGCAGCACUCGAUCAACUCGCGCAAGGUGACGGAUAGCGAGGAAACCAACAUCCGGCAGCUGGCCAAACAGGAUGGUACGCUGGUGACGGAGAAGCAGCAGACGCGCCAGCACGAGGAGCUGUACGACGACGAACUUCCACCACCGGAUGCGCCCGAGCACGACGAUCUGGUCGACUCGAGCGGGGAGCGGCUGAUCGAGCAGAAGUCGUCUGCCCAGCGAUACUACAAGCUGCGCGACGAGCAGCAUGUGGAUCUGGUGGCCAACGGUCGGGUGAUCGGUCACGAGAUGCGCUACGCCGCGGAACAGACACAGCUGGAGCGGGAUGGUGGGACGGCCGGUGAUCCGGGUGUGCUGUCGGACUGGGAUAGCCUGUCCGAUCGUCUCCGGAAAGCCCGCCGCCUCGGUCGCCCUCCGAAGGGUGGUGCCGGGGAGCUGCUAGCGUCCGGUGUCGGCGGGGCCACCACAGCCGGCCUACCGCCAGGCCAACACCAACCUGCGCACCAGCAGCAGCACCUACUGCUACCGGUGGCGGGUGCCCCGGGCGCCCCUGCCGGACCGAACGAUCGGCUCGAUGCGCUCACCAAGAAACCACUCGACUUCGACAAGGAAGAGGAGACACGAAAGCACGAGACGAACAAGUGGCUGGAGAGCCACUUCGGGAGCGAGUCCCGGUCAUCGCGCGACUCACGCGAAGACCUCGAUGAUGACGACGAUGACGACGAUGACGACGACGAGGAUCGGAACGAACAGCUGGUGGAACCGACCAAGAAGACCUACUUCAACGUGACGAUCAAAUCGAACGGUGGUGGUGGUGGUGGUGGUGGUGGUGGUUCGGUACCGGAAGCGAUGGUUGACUCACCGCUCGAUCCGCGGCGCCAUCUGUACGGUAGCUCUGGACAGCUGCAUCGGUCACAGGCCGCACCGAAGCACCAAGUGUCAGCACCGUCGUACCGUCAGCCGCGGUCACGGCUGACUGGAUCGAGGGAGGAUCUGCUGUUUGGUGCUGGUGCUGCUGCUGGUGCUGCUCCUGCUACUGGUACCGGUGCCAACCAGCGGCACAACAGCACGGUGGUGGAGCGCGAGGAGUACCACAACCAGCAGCAAUACGUACGUACGCUACUGCCCGAGGUGUCACACCGGGAGCGAACAACAUUCAACGCCCGCUACGGCCAUCCACCAGCUGGAUCGAUGGCUGCACCGGAGCACCACAACGAGGGUGGCGGUGGCCGACCGCAAGUGCCACAGAGGCGCAAAGCGCUCGAGCGCCGGUACGUCGCUGCUGCCACAGCGGAUCAUCAGUCAUUUCCAUCGCAUCCGCAGCAGCAGCAGCAGCAGCAACAACACCAGCACCAGCACCAGCCGGUGCCAUCACUGAGCAAUGGGCAGGUGCAAUACCACUCGAGCCGGAAUCUCCGUGGGCCGGGCAUCGUGCACGGGUACGGUUCGCGAAGCCGUUCGGUUUCGCCCAUCCAGAUACCGCCGGUAACGCAGACGCUGGCCCGCCAGAAACCGUACCAGAAGACGCGCUUCAGCAGCAUCCAGGAUUUGAGCGGGUCCGCCGGUGGCCACCAUCAUCCCCAUCACCAGGUACCGGUGGAACGGUCGGGGAGCGGUGGUCCGCACCGCUCCCAGAGCACCACGCUACCGAAGGCGAACCGCGUAAGCUCGGCCAUCGGGCGCUCCUUCCGCAAGCUGAUGGGCAAGAUACGGUCGAGCAGUGCCGAGCGGAAGUUGAAGGCGCGUAACAACGCCAAACAGCGCUCGCCGUCACCGCUGUCGUCCUCGCUGAAUGCUAGUGGUAGCCGGCUGCCUCCGGGCGGUGGUCAUCAUGCACGCGAUCCGAACUCCACCACGUACCAGCAGUACAACGUGAUCGAUGGCCACAUCAGCCACAAUGGAUCGCCAGUGCCGGUGCUCGACACGCAGCACCACACCCUCAACCGGAAGGUGGUGAGCGGUGGGGCCGGAGUGGACCGUGACCGGUGGUACGAUGGUAGCUACGAUCGGUACGGCGCAUCGGACGCUAGUGGCGGUGGGCUGACGCCCCGCCAAACGUACUACCUCGGGGAGAAUCCGUACGGUGGUGGCCAGUACUACGGCAAAGAGAACCGCUACCAUCCACCACCGUCAACCGAUGUGCCGGAUGGGGCCGACGAACUGCCGGUGAGGCACGGUGCUGGACGAACGGUAUCCACUGGUCGAGAGACACGAGUGAUCCAGCAACAGCAGCAGCAGCAGCAGCAGCAGAACCUGUCGAACCGUCAAAUGGCGCUUGGUCGCUUUAGUAAGAGCACCAACCGGCUGCCGACAGCGAAUGGUGGCGGCCAGUACGGACACGAACCGGUGCAGUACACGAGUGGCCGUGCGCAACCGCACGCAGCCAGCAAUGGGCCCUCGUACGGAGUGGCCAUACCGAACAGCUCCCAGACGCUGCCCCGCAACGAUCACCAUCGGCAGCAGCAGCAACGCAAUGCCAAGCCAUUGCACUCGUCCACGAUCAACGUGUCGAUAGUGAACCACGUCAACCCACCGCCUGCCGGCAAAGGUGGUGUACCGUUGGUGAAUACGGGCCCGGUCAAGCCGGCCCGCACCUACAAGGCUCUCAACCGCAGCAAGUCGUUCAAUGUGCACGGGCUCAAUGGGACCAACGAUCCGAGCCCGAUCUACCUUGAGAAACUGCAACAACAGCAGCACCUGCAGCAGCAGCAGCAGCAGCAGCAGCAGCAGCAGCAGCUGCGUGGCGGAGCAACGAUCGCUUCCUCGACUAGCUUCCACCGGUCCAGCUCGCACCUCGAUCAACCACGGGAUGCCGCACCGGCCCUCAAGAGCCCCUCGAUCGUGAACUACAUUAGCCGCAGUACGCGCGAUCUGACGCACAGUUCGCUGUACGAGGGUGGGACGGCAGCGGCACAUUCGCAGUCGGGUGCGGGCUGGAACCGGUCCGACUACCCGGACGCCCCCGGUGGAGCGCCGCCACUCGACAAGAAGGGUGUGUUCCUGCGGAACCUCCAGAACCGCGCCCCGGAACUGUAUCGCACGCUUCACGAGGGUGAUCCGGGGCUGGUUGGUGGUGGUGGUGGUGGUGGUGGUGGGAACACGAAAGGCGUUCGUGAUACCAGCCGCUCCUCACCGUCUCGCGACUAUCUCAAUACGUACAUCACGCGCGCCCAAGAGCAGGCCAUCAGCGGUGCGACCAGGCCCGGUGUACCUAGCAAGGAUACGGCCAGCAUUGUACCGCGGCCCGACGAGUACUACACUGUGCCGGAGGGAGUGGUGGUGCCGGCCGGCCCACGGCACCGUCCGAUCGACGCUUCCGAUCUUAAGUAUCAGCGGAUUAGCGAUGCCGGUGCCGUUGUCAUAGAGCUACGCAAUAACUCCUAAUCAUAUGUGCGGUAACCGAAUGUACUCAUACCACGUUGUGCCACGUCGCUACUUUCGUGUAAGACUCCCUCUCCUCCCCGUCUCUAAUGCCCUUAAAACGCUAAUACGCUGACGAGCACGCGGUGCGCCGAUUGCUGAGCGCGCAAUCCCCCCCGCAACACUUCUCAUUUACAUCAUAUCGUUCCUGUCCUUAAUUCGUGCGUUUUCAUAUAACAAACAUGCAGGGUUAUCUCGCAACCACGCUGUGUGUAUGAGCGUUGUUUUUUUCUCUCCAAAUAUGGAACCAUAUUCUAGUUAUUUUG